CCACAAACAAACUGCACAAAGCUCCCUACUAGUGCAUACCAGUGAUACACCCCCUCCCCAAUCCACAGCUGCUGACAAGUCGGCCCCAUGGCCCAUCCCGACGAAUCUGCCCCUAGCUACAUUCCCGAGGUUGCCAAACCGUUGGCGCCCUACAUCAAGAGUCGCCAGGAGAUCCUCCGCAUCCGGCAAGCCUUGACCGUCUACCUCCGUUCGCAAAUCGAAUUCGCCGACGAUGAUCCCGAUCAUCCGGGCUGCUACAGCCAGUCUCGCCUCUCUCUUAUGGUACCCCACGAUGCGGUCGUCGACGUGAAGCGCAUCCCGCCGGAAUUGACUGGACUGCGGAGGAAAUACCUGGAGGCGCUGCAGGCCAACGUUGCCGCGAGGAGGGAAUACCAGUCGGUUGUGGAAAAGACGAGCCCCGUCAAUCAGCAGACUGACAAAGAGAAAGAGAAGCCUGAACAGCCCGCGCCAGAUCCUUCUUCGGCGUUACAGGAGUACCUCGGUCUUCUCCGUGAUCGCCGUCGACACGCAAAGCUCCAAGUCUUCGAGCAUUACCUGAAGGAGAUCAAACAACGGGAUACGGUCAAGCCAGAGGAUCUAGAAGAAACAGGGGCGGGGUAUCGACAGCUUACGCCACCAGGUGACCUUGGGGAUAGCCAGCAUGAGUCUAAGACGAGGGACAACAUCGAAGAACUGAUGGAUAAGUUGGAGAGAGCCGUGAUUCGUGCCAAGGGUCAGCUAGAAAGAGAGAAGGGGCUACUGGAAGAGCUGAAGGCACAACGCGCAUCGGACCCCCCUGGGGAAAUUCCACCCGCGGUCAAGCUCAAGGCACUACAGCGAACUCGGGACGAACUAGUGCAAUGGGUGGAGGAAAAACUGAUGGCUGUUGGGAAUAGCGAAACCAGCACGGGCGCGCAUGACUUGCGCCCCGAAGACCUUGAGGAGUCUGCGCGUCUUCUCGAGGACAAGAAAGCACAGAUUGCGGAGCAAUAUGCCGCGUAUGUGGAUGCUCGCAAACGCCUUCUCGAUGCAGCCUCUCGAGCCUGUCAGCCCAUCGCACCAGUGCCCACAAAGCCCCCGACACGACCGAGUAGCAUGGUCCAGGAGAAAAAGGCGCCGGGCGACGUAUCCUCCUUGGACCCGUUGCGGGUUCUAUCGUUCACCAGCGAUGUCCUCCAACCGCUCUCCAAGAGCCAACGAGCACUGGCGCUGCAGAGAUCCUACUUGUCGGGGAUGCUUGCCAAGGAAAAAGCGUCGACUCUCCGCAUCCUCAACCGACUGAGCGACGAGAGCCACCUUCUCCCCGAGUACCCCAUUCUCGCCCGUCAACCACGCUUCAAGCAUGCGGCUGCGGCCCUAGCUUCGCGCCAGGGCACGAACCCCGAACCUGCCAAGCCAGACGAGAUCCUCGCGAUGGCGGAGGCAUGGGCGUUUGCUUCCGAUGCGGCGGGAGCCAACGAACAGGAAUACGUAGAGCACAAGUUGGAGGAAGGGAUGGAAAUGGCCCAGGAAGCGGGGCAGGUGCUGCAGGGGGUUUACAAUCUGCUCAAUCAGGACCUCGAGGAUGCGCUCCGAGAGGGCGCUGAAGGUGGAGCGGGGGAAAGCGACAUCUGGCUGUCUGAGGCACGAAUGACCCGGUCACAAGCCAAAUCGCAUCGAAGUCAAUCGGCGGCCAAGGGACCCUGGGUCGGACUGAAUGGCCAGGUGGGAGUCGAGGAGUGACCCAUGUCUUGUGGUCAUUGUCGAUAUCUAUACGGAGUAAAGGACUUUGCCAGAGAUGCGG